CGUUUCACUCUUUUUAAACAUACGGCACUCCAACCUGAUUCAAAAAAUCCAAAGCUUGGACAUCGCAUUUUGUUUUCUCCCAAAAUUCUCGUCUAGUCAUCCAAAUUUUUUCAACCAGCACAGUCAUGAGUUAUCCGGAAAACAUUCCAACGUUGAAGAUGUCACCACCCCAGUUCUCAUCAUCAAGCAGCACCGAAAUCAUUGACGUGACGCCGCCUCAAUUCCCGAUCAGCAACAAUCCACGUUCAGCAUCCGAUGAUGGUUCCCAUUCCUUCCGAAGGUCAAGAGUUCCGGACAACAAGCAAUCCAAUGCACCAAACAGACGAACCGGCAACAUUUUCUUCAAGACCCGUAUUUGUACCAAGUUCGGGCUUGGUAGCUGCAGAAACGGGGAGAACUGUACUUAUGCUCAUGGGGCUGACGAGAUAAGGCAGCCCCCACCGAACUGGCAGGAGCUUGUCGGUCCUCGUACGGAAGAACGGCUGCAGUUGGGCGUGAAUUGGAAUGAUGAGGAAAAAAUCAUUCAGAAGAUGAAGCUGUGCAAGAAGUAUUGCAAUGGGGAGAUAUGUCCAUAUGGUGAUAACUGUAACUUUCUUCACGAGAAUCCUGCCAAGUUUAGGGAGGACUCAUGGAAAACAAGAGAGUCGUCAGCAAUCAGCAUUGAGACUUGUAAUAAUUUGGAAGGCAGUAGGGCUGGAAGUAAGCAGGAAAAGGGCACUUAUUGGAAGACUAAGAUCUGUAUCAGGUGGAAAAAUACCGGGAGCUGUCCCUUUGGUAAUGGCUGUCACUUUGCUCAUGGUGAUGCAGAGUUACAAGUUCCUGGUGGAGGCAUUGAAGCGGAAGCUGCAGUUUCCUUGGCAAAUUCAACAAAAGCUGUCAUUCCAACUUUACCAACUACAGGUUCUUCGGCCAAUAAUGCACCUACAUUACCAGCAAGUGUAUCUGCGAUGACGGAUACACCGACAUUACCAGCAAGUGUAUCUGCGAUGACGGAAGAGGAGAAGAAGGCAAAGAAGGAAUUACUUUGGAAGAAAUUAAACAAGAUCAACCGUAUUUAUGGCGAUUGGAUUGAUGAUUUACCUCUCGAUCGUCCUGAAUUGCCAAGGGAGCCCUGAGUUGAAUUUCUCCGCUGACAAACAAUUUUGGAACAUGGUUAUUGGCGAUGGUGAUCAAUUUAUAUAAUUACCUUUUAUUGAUUCUUUUUACUGGUAAUUAGUACAUUUUUAUGAUCACAGACGCAUGCAUUUGUCAGUUUGAGUGGUGUUUCGAUGAAUUCAGCAACUUCUUGUGGGAGUCUAGGUUGGUGAAUAUAGGUCAAAUUUCUGAAAAUUGUCAGA